AGCCGCUCUCCGCAUCACAGCAACUUGAGCAGGACCCCGACGGGACCCGCGCGCGGGGCUGAAUCUGGAGCCGCGCGGCUAUGCCCGGUGUCCCGCUUCCAGCCAGUAGUUCAUCCUGCGCCGGGGCCCGGCCCCCGACGGCCACACGUUGAGAUGACUUUCCGCGACCUCCUGAGCGUCAGUUUCGAAGGACCCCGCCCGGACAGUAGUGCUGGGAGCUCCAGUGCGGGCAGCGGUGGGGGCGGCACGGGCGGCACGGCCGCCUCGGAGGGCCCGGCGGUAGGUGGCGUGCCGGGGGGUGCAGGCAGCUGCGGCAGCGUGGUGGGCGCAGGCAGCGGCGAGGACAACCGGAGCUCCGCCGGGGAGCCGGGGAGCUCAGGCGCCGCGGGAGAGGUGAAUGGCACUGCGGCCGUCGGGGGGCUGGUGGUGAGCGCGCAGGGAGUGGGCGUGGGCGUCUUCCUGGCAGCGUUCAUCCUCAUGGCGGUGGCAGGCAACUUGCUUGUGAUCCUCUCGGUGGCCUGCAACCGCCACCUGCAGACGGUCACCAACUAUUUCAUUGUGAACCUGGCCGUGGCUGAUCUGCUGCUGAGCGCCACGGUGCUGCCCUUCUCGGCCUCCAAGGAGGUUUUGGGUAUCUGGGUCUUUGGCCGGGCCUUCUGCGACGUGUGGGCCGCCGUGGACGUGCUGUGCUGUACAGCCUCCAUCCUCAGCCUCUGCACCAUCUCUGUGGACCGCUAUGUGGGCGUGCGCCACUCACUCAAGUACCCCGCCAUCAUGACCGAGCGCAAGGCGGCCGCCAUCCUGGCGCUGCUCUGGGCCGUAGCCCUUGUGGUGUCCGUAGGGCCGCUGCUGGGCUGGAAGGAGCCGGUGCCCCAAGACGAGCGCUUCUGCAACAUCACGGAGGAGGUAGGCUAUGCUGUCUUCUCCUCCGUGUGCUCCUUCUACCUGCCCAUGGCGGUCAUCGUGGUCAUGUAUUGCCGCGUGUACGUGGUCGCGCGCAGCACCACGCGCAGCCUCGAGGCGGGCGUCAAGCGAGAGCGGGGCAAGGCCUCGGAAGUGGUGCUGCGCAUCCACUGUCGCGGGGCGUCCAUGGGCGCCGACGGGGCGCACGGGACGCGCAGUGCCAAGGGCCACACCUUCCGCAGCUCUCUGUCCGUGCGCCUGCUCAAGUUCUCCCGCGAGAAGAAAGCGGCCAAGACGCUGGCCAUCGUCGUGGGUGUCUUCGUGCUCUGCUGGUUCCCCUUCUUCUUCGUCCUGCCGCUUGGCUCCCUGUUCCCGCAGCUGAAGCCAUCGGAAGGUGUCUUCAAAGUCAUCUUCUGGCUAGGCUACUUCAACAGUUGCGUGAACCCGCUCAUCUACCCUUGUUCCAGCCGGGAGUUCAAGCGCGCCUUCCUCCGCCUCCUGCGCUGCCAGUGUCGGCGUCGCCGGCGCCGCCGCCCGCUCUGGCGCGUCUACGGCCACCACUGGCGGGCCUCCACCGGUGACUUGCGCCUCGAUUGCAUCCCUGGCCCGGGCGCCGCGCCGCCUGGGGCCCCGCUGGCCCUCACCGCGCCUCCAGACCCCAACCCCGACCCCCCCGGCACGCCCGAGGUACAGGCUGCGGUCACCAGCCGGCGAAAGCCGCCUUGCGCCUUCCGCGAGUGGAGGCUGCUCGGGCCGUUCCGGAGACCCACCACCCAGCUGCGUGCCAAGGUCUCCAGCCUGUCGCAAAAGAUCCGCGCCGGGAGCGCGCAGCGCGCAGAGGUGCGCUCGGAGGUGGAGGCUGUGUGCCUGGGUGUCCCCCACGACAUGGGCGAGGGCGCCACCUGCCAGGCCUACGACGACUACGGCAACCUCCGAGAGACUGACAUUUGAGGACUCCUGAGCUAGGCGCCCCAGCUGAGCUGGGGAAGGAGGGAGGUUGGCUGUGUUCAAGAGGCUGGUAGAAAUCCGGGACCCAGAAACAGAUCAGGGUAGAUGCCUGUGGCAUCCUGGAAGAUCGGGGUUAGCUGCUUG